AUGCCCCCAACAUAUGCCAUCCUCGGCGCAACCGGCCAGACAGGCGGCUCAGUCCUACAAGUCCUCGCCUCAGAACGGCCAGACGUGCGCGUGAACUGCCUCGUACGGUCCCGGCCCAAGCUCGAGCGCAUGUUCCCCCAGGUACUCUCCUCCUCGAAGCAGGUGAAAGUCUUCGAGGGCCAGAUCUCCGACGUCCCGCUCCUGACCGACUGCAUCCGCGGCACCAGCGCCGUCUUCCUGUGCGUCGCCUCCCCGAACAACAAGCCGCACCUGCGCAUCGCGCGCGACCAGGCCGAGGCGGCCGUCGCGGCGCUCGAGGCCCUGCGCGCGGAGCAACAACAACAACAACAGCAACAAGCCGGGGAGCAAAAGCCCCGGCUACCCCUCCUGGUGGUGCUCUCCUCCGCCGAGACGGACGAGGCCCGCUUCUGCGCCGACAUCCCCUGGCUGGCGCGGCGGUUCCUCUUCGCCGCCAACUGGUGGGUCUACACGGACCUGAUCGCCGCGGAGGAGUACCUGCUCGAGCGGGCCGGGCUGGUCGACGUCGUCUUCGUGAAGCCGGGCGGCAUCUCGACGGACCGGCGCCGGGGCCACGUGCUCUCCACCGAGGGGUCGCAGACUUUUGUCAGCUUCCUCGACGUCGCGGGCGGCAUGGUGCAGUGUGCCGAGGAGGGGUCCGGCCGCUGGGCCGGGAAGAGCGUCAGCGUUCUGUCGCGGGACAAGGCAAAGGUUGAGUGGGCCAGCGGGCCGGUUUUGUUGAGGAACAUGCUGUGUACUUGGGUCCCAUGGCUGUAUCCGUGGCUGUUUUGA